AUGGCCAAACUCUGGUUCAAAUUUCAGCGGUACUUCCGCCGGAAACCCUUGCGCUUCUUUACCUUCUUGGCGCUGUACCUGACAGCAGGAAGUCUCGUAUUCCUUCAUUCUGGUUUUGUGGGCCAGCCUGCUGUCUCCCAGAACCAAGCCAGCUCUGCUGUGGCAGGUCCAGCAGAGGAUGCCGAGCUGCCCUUCCUGGGUGACCUGCACCUGGGCAGGGGCUUCCAGGACACAGGCGAAGCCUCCAGCAUCGCCCGCAGGUACGGGCCCUGGUUCAAGGGCAAAGACGGGAGUGAGAGAACCAAGCCGAGCGACUACGGCGGAGCCUGGAGCCGUGCCCUCAAGGGCAGGGUCGCCCGUGAGAAGGAAGAGGAACGAGGUAAGGAGAAAGCCAAGUAUAUCGGCUGCUACCUGGAUGACACUCAGAGUCGGGCCCUACGAGGCGUGUCCUUUUUUGACUACAAAAAGAUGACUGUCUUCCGUUGCCAGGACAACUGUGCUGAACGGGGUUACCUGUACGCGGGACUGGAGUUUGGCGCCGAGUGCUACUGCGGCCACAAGAUCCAGGCGGCGAACGUGAGUGAGGCCGAAUGUGACAUGGAGUGCAAGGGCGAGCGGGGCAGCGUGUGCGGCGGUGCCAACCGCCUGUCCGUCUACCGGCUGCAGCUGGCCCAGGAGUCAGCCCGCAGGUAUGGAAGCGCUGUGUUCCGAGGCUGCUUCCGCAGACCCGAUAACCUCUCCCUGGCCCUGCCUGUGACGGCCGCCAUGCCGAACAUGUCCGUGGACAAGUGCGUGGAUCUCUGCACAGAGAAGGAGUACCCACUGGCGGCCCUCGCGGGCACCGCCUGCCACUGUGGUUUCCCCACCACCCGAUUCCCGCUGCAUGAGAGAGAGGAUGAGCAGCUGUGUGCUCAGAAGUGCAGCGCUGAGGAGUUUGAGAGCUGCGGGACUCCCAGUCACUUCAUUGUGUACCAGACACAGGUGCAAGACAAUCGCUGCAUGGACCGAAGGUUCCUUCCCGCCAAGUCCAAGCAGCUCAUCGCGCUGGCCAGCUUCCCGGGCGCCGGCAACACGUGGGCUCGCCACCUCAUCGAGCUGGCCACCGGCUUCUACACUGGCAGCUACUAUUUCGAUGGCUCCCUCUACAACAAAGGGUUCAAAGGCGAGCGGGACCACUGGCGUAGUGGACGGACCAUCUGCAUCAAAACGCACGAGAGCGGCCAGAAGGAGAUUGAGGCCUUCGACGCCGCCAUCCUGCUUAUCCGAAACCCCUACAAGGCCCUCAUGGCCGAGUUCAACCGCAAGUACGGUGGCCACAUCGGCUUUGCCGCCCAUGCGCACUGGAGAGGCAAAGAGUGGCCCGAGUUCGUGCGGAACUACGCGCCGUGGUGGGCCACGCACACGCUGGACUGGCUGCAGUUUGGCAAGCGCGUGCUGGUGGUGCACUUCGAGGAGCUGAAGCGGGACCUGUGCGUGCAGCUGGGCCGCAUGGUGGGCCUGCUGGGCGUGGCCGUGCGCGAGGACCGGCUGCUGUGCGUGGAGAGCCAGAAGGACGGCAACUUCAAGCGCUCGGGGCUGCGCAAGCUCGAGUACGACCCCUACACGGCCGACAUGCGCAGGACCAUCGCUGCCUACAUCAAGACAGUGGACGCGGCCCUGCGCGGGCGGAACCUCACGGGCGUGCCCGAGGACUACUACCCGAGAUGAUGAGAGCACGGCCGGG